GUAUUACCAUUCGGAAAACUGCUUUUGGGUAUCAGUUCGCUGUUUGUCGCAGUACAAGCAACUGGCUUUACGCGCCCGCGAGCAGUCUAUGAAAUCGUGUGGCGAUGUCACCGAGCUGCAUUAUUUCACGCGUUUUAAAAAGUCCGAAAGGGAAAGACCGAUGACCGACUGCAUUCCGUCAACAUCGCAGAUUCCUCCGGGAGUGCCAAAUGAGAGCGAGACGAGAAAAUCCAUUGACGAGUUCGGCUUGCCUGAUGUAGGCUUUUAUCAUUUUGGGUAUCUUUGCAUAUUCAAGGAUUUCGGUCAGGCGAUUUCUUCGAGCGACUCAGACGGGCUGUGUGAAAUUCCAGUCACUGGUACUUGCGAUGAGAAGAAUGUGAUGGCGGCUGGCGAUGUUGGUGCGCAGAAUGGCUUUGUUGAUGAGUUUAUCGGCCGAAAACGAAGGACCCGUCCUUGCAAAUUAGAGAAGAAUAUGAUGGCGGCUGGCGAUGUUGGUGCGCAGAAUGGCUUUGCUGAUGAGUUUAUCGGUCGAAAACGAAGGACCCGUCCUUGCAAAUUAGAGGUAAGGUUUAUAAUUAAAUAUAAAAAAAAAACUACAACAUUUGUUAAUAAUUCAUCAUCUAAAUAUCUCCAUUUAUGUAAAUAG